UCAAUGACUGAUGUCAGAUGUUUUCUUUACUUGUGUUUUUUUCUGUAUUUAUCUAAAAACAAAACGUGUGAUACAAUAACUGACAAAAUACAACCACUGAUUAACACUAGCUUCCAUUGCAGUUUUUUUCAAUUAAUUUCAAGUAAUUAAAGAAGCCAAAUUGAUUGGGAGACAAUGUUGAUAUUUUAAAGCUAUUAUAAGUAAUAGAAGUGCAAAAAAUGUCGAAGAAUAAGUUGAAUCUGACUCUACCACCGGGUUCUUUGGACCAAACCCCCACAGUGACCCCUACAAGUGCGCCGUUUCCGGACACCACAGCCCCGUCCAACAACGUCGGGAGCUCCAGUAUCGACAACCUGACAGCUCGCAUCGAAAGCCUGGAAAUGGACGCGACACAGCAGCGACGCAUCGAUGUGUUUUUGUCCCAGAAAAAGGAAAUCGGUGGCGAUUUAAGCGACGACGAUUUAGAAAAACUGGGCGAAUUGGGGUCAGGCAACGGGGGCGUUGUUAUCAAAGUCCGGCAUAAAUCCGGCCUUAUUAUGGCCCGGAAAUUGAUACACUUGGAGGUGAAACAGGCUAUUAAACUCCAAAUCAUCCGCGAAUUGAAAGUCUUGCAUGAGUGCAACUUUACACAUAUUGUGGGCUUUUAUGGGGCUUUUUACAGCGACGGGGAGAUUAGUAUCUGUAUGGAGUAUAUGGACGCGGGGUCUUUGGAUUUGAUUCUGAAAAAAGCCGGCCGAAUUCCUGAAAAUAUCCUCGGGAAGAUUACUGUUGCAGUUUUGAAAGGGCUUAGCUACUUGAGGGAUAAACAUGCGAUUAUGCACCGGGAUGUUAAACCGAGUAAUAUACUUAUUAAUAGCAGUGGGGAUAUUAAAAUUUGCGAUUUUGGGGUCUCGGGACAACUUAUAGACUCCAUGGCGAAUUCUUUUGUCGGGACUAGAAGCUACAUGUCGCCUGAGAGACUCCAAGGAACUCAUUACUCAGUCCAGAGUGAUAUUUGGUCUCUUGGUUUAUCACUAGUAGAGAUGGCUAUAGGGAUGUACCCAAUCCCACCCCCGGAUCCAGAAACAUUGAAAGCAAUGUUUGAGUCGCGAAACGAUAACGAUUCACCCGAUCACACAAAAGGGCCUCGCCCUAUGGCUAUUUUCGAGCUUUUGGACUACAUUGUCAACGAGCCGCCGCCGAAACUCCCAAGUGGUUUAUUUUCCGAUGAAUUCAAAGAUUUUGUUGAUAGAUGUUUAAGAAAAAAUCCCGAUGAAAGAGCCGACUUGAAAACCUUAAUGAACCAUGAAUGGAUCAAAAAAGCCGAAGCCGAGGAUGUGGACAUUGCGGGUUGGGUUUGUAAAACAAUGGAAAUACAGCCUCCUCAAAAUAAAGUCUAAUUUCGUGUUUUAAAUUUUAUCUAGCUAGUGAAUGUUUGUGUUUCAGCUAAGAAACUGUGAUAAAUUUCAUUUCAGAGCUGUAAGGUUUCAUAAUUUAACAAUUGUCGGUUUGAAUUGAAAAAAAGUCACAACCCGAUUUGUUUGUAUUUUGUCAAUUAAUUGUAUGUGAAAGUGAUUUGUUUGAGGUGGUCAGUUUUGCAUCUGAAUGUCGAUUUAUACUUUUUAUUGUUACAACAACUGUACAGUCUAUGAUAUAAACCAUAACGUGUUAAAGUACAAAAACUGUUCUACCGUACCCGAAAUCGAAAUUGUCUGUGAUAAAAGUUGUACAUGAAAAAUAUAAGUCAAUAUAAUGGUUGUGGCUUUUUGCAGGACUACUAACUUUUUUAAUUUUCUAUUCGUUAUAAUUUAGUAAAUCAUAGUAUUAUAGUAUAGGAUCGUUUAGUGAGACUUUUCUUUCAUUUCUUUUGCAUGAUUGUGACAACAUGUUGAAAUUAUGAAAUGUUAUAUAAAGUGCACACAGAAUUUAUUUAAUAAAUGAAAUAUUGUUAGAGUACCUAAACUAGUCUGGCAAAAAUACAAGUUUUCGCUUUUUACAUCUAAAUGUCUAUAUAUUUGUAGGUAGACUAAAUAUCCGUAAAAUAAUUAAGAUAUAUUUUUCCCGGACUAGUGAUUCGUGUCAGAUUUAUUGAAAUAAUUCCAUCACUCUGUAAGGUUAAUGAUUUAAAAUGUAUUUGUGCUUUACGUAUGUAUAUUGUAAUAAAAUU